AUGGCGACCUCAUCCUGCACUCCUGACCGCCCCUCUGGCAACCGACAUGAACUGAGACUUUGCAUUCAAAAUGAUGAAGGGAUUGAAGAAAAGAUUAAGCUUGAUAGCAUCGUAGAUGCGGAAAAUGCUGCAAAAGAGAGACGGAGGAAGCAGAACAGAAUUGCCCAGCGCAAGCAUAGACGUCGGAAAGCUGAGCAGAGACUUUCUGAAAUGUCCAAGUCACCCGAUCUCCGAACAUCACCACACGCUGGACCUUGCUGCAGCUGCGUCACUAGACGACUAGAGAUUACACCUCCGGAGGACUACAACCGGAGCUUCAUAUCCAUCACAUCGCCAAAUUCAUCAUACGGCGCUCUCACUCCCUCGGCCAUAUCCGACUAUGAGAGGAGCCAAACAUUGUCCGCCGAGAUCCCCAAUCCGUGGACUCCAUUCUGGCCAGCGGCAUCUCCUCUAUUCGAUACCGACGCGAAUGUUCUGCCGUCUGGGGACACGCUUGACAACCACAGCCACAGCCCUAUUCCUAGCUCAGCGUCGUUGGACGUUCAGCCUUUUCAGGAUUCGCAAUCAUCGCCGUCAGCCCUGUCGUACGACGCUUCCAUCAGCCUCAUAAGCAGACCGAAGAGCAAUUGUUUGUCACCGGAGAGUCACCUUGGAGGUCAGUUCCCUCUUCAUUUAGCUGCUAGAGGUGGAUUCAUGGGCAUCAUUGGCCUCCUUGUCAGCAGAGGAGCUAGACUAGAUGCCAAAGACACAUAUGGGCGAACUGCGCUUCACUACGCCGCCGAGGCUGGACAUCUUGAGGCUGUCGGUAUGUUACUCUCUGUCGGGGCGAAUCCAUUUCUAGCAGACAGCGAAGGGUGCAACAGCCUACAUAUUGCUGCUAGUAAAGGGAGAGAGGAUAUAAUAAAUACUUUUGUCCACUUUUACAUAGGAUACUUCAUUAAAGCUUAG